UCCCCUUCCCAUUCCCCCUUAACACAACCCAGGAAGCAGCCGCAGCGCGGAACCACCAGGCCACCUUAACAGGCGAGUAAUGGUCUGGCCGGGCGCCAAGCCCCACCUCCGCUCCGCUCCCGCUCCUCCCCUUUCUCCCCCUGCUUUGCUCCGAGAGAGCCGGGGAGCCCGAGACUGGCCCGAGGUGGCUGGAGCUGUUGCCAUGACAAGCAUUUUCUUAAGAAAGCUCCGCUGUUGAGACCAUCCAAAGCUGGGGGUGGGGAGGGGGCAGGAACUUCCUGGGGAACCAUCCCUCCGAAGACGGCAAGAUCAGAGACGCCCGCCCAGCUCCCUGCACCCAUUUUCUUCCAAGAAGGUCCCUCUCAUUGGAAGGGCUUGCGGAGGAGACCCAGCCCACUCCUCGGCCGUAGCUGGAAAGRCAAGAGCGCGAGGCCAGCAUCUCUAGCUUGGUUGCCACUUUGGGGAGACCGGUGGGUGGUCACCCCGCCCAACCCGUCCAUGGAAACCCGGAGGGAGAGUCCCGCUUGGAGAAACCUGGGUCUUUGCUAGAAAGAGAGGGAUCCAGCUGUCAUCGUAUCCAGGGAGCCCUCCUCUUCCUCCUCCUGCUGACACUCUACCAUCGAAGUUGCUGGUUGUUGCUAAGGUUGCCUCCAUGGUAACAUGUAUAUCCUGUUUACACCUUCAUCUGGGCAAGUCAGUCUAAACUAGGAACCUACCUACUCUGGACACCACUUCCAUCACCACCCAGGGGACACCAAUCAUCGUGACACAAGGUCCGCCUUCUACUCAGUUCCCCCAUCCUCUUCCUCCUUUCACUGCCAGGCUUCAUACAAAAGAAAGGAUCUAGGUUUGGGGUUGCUACCCUGAAGCUUACUGCACAAGAUAUAGUCAAUCUCUAUUCWCCCUGGGCCCCCAGAGAAGCAAGAAGCAGGAAGAAGUGGGGACAAGAAGGCAGGAGGCACUGAUUGGUUGAAGGGAAACUCCUCAUCUUCUCUGGUUGAAGGGCUGGUAACCACAAGCAAAAUGACGAACCCAUUAGAACAUAACUUGCCGUCCAACUCAAUAGCCGAAAGUCAUGAAGGGGACUUUGGCUGCACAUUAAUGGAACUGAGGAAGCUCAUGGAGCUGCGUUCAAGUGAUGGACUGAACGAGAUCAAUGUCCACUAUGGAGGUGUACAGAAUAUCUGCAAUAGACUGAAAACCUCCCCUGUGGAAGGUCUCUCCGGGAACCCUGCAGAUCUGGAGAAACGUAGAAUCGUGUUUGGACAGAAUUUAAUCCCCCCAAAAAAGCCCAAGACCUUCUUAGAAUUAGUAUGGGAAGCCCUUCAAGAUGUCACACUCAUCAUCCUGGAGAUUGCAGCCAUUAUCUCCCUGGUCCUGUCCUUUUAUCGCCCCCCUGGUGAACAAAAUGAACUGUGUGGCGAAUCCGUAAGUAACCCAGAUGACGAAGGGGAGGCAGAAGCUGGCUGGAUCGAGGGGGCAGCCAUUCUGUUCUCAGUGAUCAUCGUGGUGUUAGUGACAGCUUUUAAUGAUUGGAGCAAGGAGAAACAGUUCCGGGGACUGCAGAGCCGCAUUGAACAGGAGCAAAAAUUCUCCAUUAUUCGAAAUGGUCAGCUCAUUCAGCUCCCUGUGGCCGAGAUUGUGGUGGGUGACAUCGCCCAAAUCAAAUACGGUGAUCUGCUGCCUGCAGACGGAAUCCUGAUCCAGGGAAAUGAUCUGAAGAUUGAUGAGAGCUCUCUGACAGGGGAAUCAGACCAUGUCAGGAAGUCACUGGAAAAAGACCCCAUGUUGCUGGCAGGGACCCAUGUGAUGGAAGGUUCUGGCAGGAUGGUGGUGACUGCUGUGGGGAUCAACUCCCAGACAGGAAUCAUUUUUACCCUCUUAGGGGUACAUGAAGAUGAAGAGGAGGUGAAAAAGAAGAAAGGUAAAAAACAAGGAGUCCCUGAAAAUCGCAACAAAGCAAAGACCCAAGAUGGAGUGGCCUUGGAAAUCCAGCCACUCAACAGCCAGGAUGGGGCCGACAAUGAGGAGAAGGAGAAGAAGGUAGUCAAGGUGCCCAAGAAGGAGAAGUCGGUGCUGCAGGGCAAGCUGACGCGCUUGGCUGUGCACAUCGGGAAAGCCGGCCUGUUCAUGUCUGCUCUCACGGUCAUCAUCCUGAUUCUGUAUUUUGUGAUUGACAACUUUGUGAUACAUCGAAGACCAUGGCUACCUGAGUGUACCCCUAUCUACAUCCAGUACUUUGUCAAAUUCUUCAUCAUCGGUAUCACUGUACUGGUGGUAGCUGUGCCAGAGGGGCUGCCACUAGCUGUCACCAUCUCACUGGCCUACUCUGUGAAGAAAAUGAUGAAAGAUAAUAACCUGGUACGGCACUUGGAUGCCUGUGAGACAAUGGGCAACGCCACAGCCAUUUGCUCUGAUAAGACAGGCACGUUGACCAUGAACCGCAUGACAGUGGUGCAAGCCUAUAUUGGAGGCACUCAUUACCAUCAGAUCCCAAGCCCUGACAUCUUCCUGCCCAGGGUCCUGGACCUCAUUGUCAAUGGCAUUUCUAUCAACUCUGCUUAUACCUCCAAGAUUCUGCCUCCAGAGAAGGAGGGAGGCCUGGCACGGCAGGUGGGCAACAAGACCGAAUGUGCUCUGCUGGGCUUUGUCACUGAUCUGAAGCAGGAUUACCAGGCAGUGCGCAGUGAGCUGCCCGAGGAGAAGCUCUACAAGGUGUACACCUUCAACUCGGUGCGCAAGUCCAUGAGCACCGUCAUCAGGAAGCCAGGAGGUGGCUUCCGCAUGUUCAGCAAGGGCGCUUCAGAGAUCAUCUUGCGCAAGUGUAAUCGAAUCCUGGACAAGAAAGGGGAAGCAAUGCCAUUCAAGAAUAAGGACCGAGAUGAUAUGAUACGCAAUGUCAUUGAGCCUAUGGCCUCUGGGGGACUCCGGACUAUCUGCAUAGCUUACCGGGAUUUUGAUGGUGAAGAGCCCUCAUGGGACAAUGAGAAUGAAAUUGUCACUGAGCUGACCUGUAUCGCAGUGUUGGGCAUUGAGGACCCUGUGCGCCCGGAGGUACCGCAAGCUAUUGCCAACUGCAAAAGAGCUGGCAUUACUGUCAGAAUGGUGACGGGUGACAAUAUCAACACAGCCCGAGCCAUCGCCACCAAAUGUGGCAUUCUGACACCUGGAGAGGACUUCUUGUGUUUAGAAGGCAAAGAAUUCAACAGACUCAUUCGCAAUGAGAAGGGCGAGGUAGAACAAGAAAAGCUAGACAAGAUCUGGCCUAAGCUUCGGGUGCUGGCGCGGUCUUCCCCCACUGACAAGCACACGCUGGUGAAAGGUAUCAUUGAUAGCACUGUUGGGGAUCAGCGGCAGGUGGUGGCUGUCACUGGUGAUGGCACAAAUGAUGGACCAGCUCUAAAGAAAGCAGAUGUUGGUUUUGCCAUGGGUAUCGCAGGCACAGAUGUAGCAAAGGAGGCAUCAGACAUCAUCCUGACAGAUGACAACUUCUCCAGCAUCGUGAAGGCAGUGAUGUGGGGACGAAACGUCUAUGACAGCAUCUCCAAGUUCCUGCAGUUCCAGCUCACCGUCAACGUGGUGGCUGUGAUCGUCGCCUUCACUGGAGCCUGUAUCACCCAGGAUUCUCCACUGAAAGCUGUACAGAUGUUGUGGGUUAAUCUAAUCAUGGACACUUUUGCUUCACUGGCCCUGGCAACAGAGCCCCCUACGGAUGCUCUAUUAAGGCGACGCCCCUAUGGCCGAAAUAAGCCUCUGAUCUCACGUACUAUGAUGAAGAACAUCUUGGGCCAUGCAGUCUACCAGCUCACUGUCAUCUUUAUCCUGGUCUUUGCUGGAGAGAAAUUCUUUGACAUUGACAGUGGGAGGAAGGCACCUCUACAUUCACCACCCAGCCAGCACUAUACCAUGAUCUUCAACACCUUUGUGCUGAUGCAGCUCUUCAAUGAAAUCAAUUCCCGAAAGAUCCACGGAGAGAGGAAUGUCUUUGCAGGCAUUUACCGCAACCUCAUCUUCUGCUCUGUAGUCUUGGGCACAUUUGUCAUCCAGAUUUUCAUUGUGGAAUUUGGGGGUAAGCCCUUCAGUUGCACAAGCCUUAGCCUGUCCCAGUGGUUGUGGUGUCUCUUCAUCGGGAUUGGAGAACUUCUGUGGGGCCAGAUCAUCUCUGCAAUACCUACCAAAUCUCUGAAGUUCCUAAAAGAGGCUGGACAUGGGACUACCAAAGAGGAGAUCACCAAGGAUGCCGAAGGACUGGAUGAGAUUGACCAUGCAGAGAUGGAGCUGCGCCGAGGCCAGAUCCUCUGGUUCCGAGGCUUGAACCGUAUCCAGACUCAGAUCGAAGUAAUUAACACAUUCCAGACGGGAGCCUCUUUUAAGGGAGUCCUAAAGCGGCAGAGCAUGGGUCAAGCGCUUGAUGUAAAACUUCCUAGCUCAACCUAUAUCAAAGUGGUCAGAGCGUUCCAUAGUUCUGUAAGCAUCCAGAAACUCGGGAACCAAGAAUCCAUCCACAACUUCAUGACCCACCCUGAAUUUGCCAUAGAUGAGGAUUUGCCGCAAACACCAUUCCUGGAUGAGCAAGAGGACAAAAGCCUUGAACAUGUUCCUACGACUGGGACUGGGGUGCUUCUGUUGGAUGGUGAGGUCACUCCAUACGCCAACCAGAACAACAACGCGGUGGAGAGCAGCCAAGUGCAAGUUGUCGCCUCCCAUUCGGACAGCCCUCUCCAAAGCCUGGAGACAUCAGUUUGAACUUCUUUUCUCUGACUCCCAUCCCUGCUUUCCCUAUCUCCUUUUUCAUCCAUCUCAUCUAUAAGGUGAUGAUGAGACUGUUCACUGUCAUGUCAGCCACUCCCAAGUGUGUGAGAACCCCCACCCGACCAUGAAGAAGCAAGAGCACAGGCCUGCAAGGAUUCCAACUUAACCUUGAGCUGGGGUUGGUAGCAGGACUUAGUCAAGUGCCAGGCAGGUAAUGGUAGAAUCUGCUCUUUGGGUAUAUCGGUUGGCCGUUUCUAAAGAAGUCACAACAGUGCUCCUGACAUCACCCCAGCCCAGAUUCUCCUGUGUUCACACACAUGUCACCAUCUCCUGACUUCAGGAUUUUUUUUUAUCCUGAGUGUCUGCCAUUUAUAAGUCAAGUUGAGAGAGUGAUGAUCCACAAAUGUGUUGAGGCAGGAAUGGAAUGUAAAAAAUCAGUCGGAGAGUGAUUGUUUUUAAAAUAAUUUUGCCCAUUUUGAGUACUUAGACCUGAAGGCCUCCGGCUCUUUCUGCCCUCCCAAGGUUCUUUUAGUCUUUUGUAACCCUCAUCUUCUUUCCUUUCUCUCUCUCUCUCUCUCUCUCUCUCUCUCUCUCUCUCUCUCUCUCUCAAGUUUUUUUAAAAUUAAGAGAAUGGAAAGGAUGUGGAUGAGUAGAGUCCACUUUGACCAUUCUCCCUUCAAGCCCCAAUUGAACACUCAAAUUCUAGAGGCAGACAGAUUUCUUUGCUAAAAGGGUCAAGAGCUGGAAAGACUGUUUCCUUCUCUUUGCCAGGUUAGCUUCUACUUCUGAACUGCCUUCUUGUCAGGUAGCUGUGGUUUUUAAGUGCCAGGAAGGUCAGCCUUGACCAUAAAGCUUGCAUGUAUGACAUACAGUUUUACCAUAGGCCAGAGCUUCCUCCUGUUCCUAAAGUGGCAGCAAAAGAAUGAAGUGGGCAUGGGCCUGCCUCCUGGAGGAACUUGGGUUUUGAAGAUCAGAAGCAUACAGGCCUAGGAGAAGGUAGACCAUCCCAGCAAACAGUUAUGGGGUCUUCCUUGAGGUGACCACUGCUUUCAAAGCCAUCUGCCAAAACUCUUCCGGGGAAGGACCCAGUUGUUGGGGAAGUGAGUGUCGAGAGGCCUUGGGAAAGGCUGCAGAGCCACUCUGGCAGGAUCUGAGGAAACUUCCCUGUAGGCAUCCAAGACCUUGAGCUUAGGUUCCUGGGGACCAGCUUCCACAUUCUCUCAGUCUCCUCUUUCUGCGCUUGCUGUGCCCACAACUUGCUCAGCCUCAGCCUUUUGCACAUAUUCCAGUUUUGCAGUCACAUAUCCAAAGGGAGAGGCCCCUGUGUAUUGUGCUGACUUAAAGGAGCAAAAGACCCACCCCGGCCUCCUCUCCUCCCUUCUCCCACAUGCCCCCCUCAAGCCCCUCCCCAGCAGCAUGCUCCCACUGCUGCCCAGGAAAGCCCUGUGCCUUUUUGCCCUGAACACUGCCCAAAGCAUCCCCUGCCCACCUGCCUCUCAGGAGUUGGGGACUUUGCUAAGAGACUUUUCAAAGUGUUCCUUACUGGGACAAGGUGGAGCCGAAUUUGCAGGAGCUCCAUUUUUAUCCCUGCUGUUGACGUAAGCUCUUCUGUGCAGGUGGAGCUAAUUCAUAUCCCCCAUUCCCACUCCCCUUAGAUAAAUGAAGCCCACCCACACCCUUUAGAGUGAGGGCAGUAAGGAGAGGGCUCCCUAGCCUCUUGGGAACUGCCAAAUUUCCAUUGGGGAGAGGAAGGUGAUCUGCACCUGUCCACUCCAGCGUUUUCUUCUUGAUCCCUCCUCCCUCACCCCUUUCACCUGAGCGGUCCGAGGUAGGAAGAGUAGAGAAACAAUACCCACUACACCUCCCCAUUACUACACCAUCCAUCCUUGUAGGAAAUAGGGGUUACAUGCUUCAGCUAUCUUCUCUCUGUCUUAAAUGCUCAUGGGGGGAAAACAGCUCACCCAAGGUGUUAGGUGUUCACAUAUAUAUUUAUUAAGUACAUUGGAAGAUUUAAUUCUGUCAAGUCUUUUAUUACCUCAGAUCAUUUUGAAAAGCAAGCCAAUAACAAGCUUUGGAGGCCAUGUUACCAUUCCUGCUCCCAAAAGACUCUCACRGUGCCUGAGGGCUUAUGUCUACUUUUUUAAAGUCAACAGUUUUUUUUUUUUUUUGGUGUGUGUUCUAGUUUCCAUAGUAAGAGAGAAAAUAUAGAAAUAUUAUGCAAAAAAAUAUAGUUUUCUUUAGAUCAGAAACUGAUAUUUUUGAGUCAGCCAUAUGUAUUUUGUUUAAAGGAUUUAAAUAAAGUGCCGUCAUGUAACCCUGUGGAAGGGAGUGCAUAACCAGCUGUUCGACAUGACAGGUGACUAGUAUAUUUGUAAUUGGUUUAAAAACCAAUACAUCGUACUUCCUUUCUCCAAACAGCCAUCUUUAUACUUAGGGGGGAAUAAAACUUGUUGGGUUCUAGACUUUUUUAAUAUAAAUUUUGUUGAUAUGGAAUUGAGUAAGUUUAAGUGUUUAUGUGCAUAUGUUUUUUAUAUAUAAGUUUUUUCUAUUCAGUUUCAAUGAUCCAACUGGCAGUGAGUAAAUAUGGCAUAAGUUAAUAAUGCUUUUCCCCAAAAUGGUGCUUUGGAUUUGAAAAGGGUCUGAUGGGGAAAAGGAGAAAUGAUCAUCCUAGAUUCCUCUCUUGAUAAACCUAGAAAAACUGGUAGUGAACUGAGGAUAGUAAGGGAAUCAGCCAGGAAGAAGGGAAGCAGCUGUCAGGAAAUGAGCGAGCACUCCACUCCCCGCCCGCCCGCCCCAGUGCAGACAUAUGACCAGGCUUGUUCGGAACUAGUGGUUGGGAUCAGGACCCUUCUGUUGGAUUUGUGUUUGUCCAAGAAUAAGCUGGCAGAGUGGCACCAAAGACAUUGGUCUCUCCUGGUCUACGGGAACAUUCUGAUUUGGAGUUUGCAUUUUUUUAUGGUUCUUCCACUUUGUCUCCCCCACCCCCCGGAGUUUUCCAUUAGUGAGUUUUCAUGCACGGAUCUGAUUUGUGACUCCUUUCUUCCUCUAUAAAGAUUUUGUGCAAUAUAUUAGAAGGGAGACAGAGCUCCAAAUGGAAAACACAGUGACUGGUUCCAACCCUGGGUGACAGUCUCAGGUCUAGGUCCUUCCCACAGAUGUCCUCUGUCCUCUGAAAUGACUCUCCUAUCCCUAAAGGUGUUAAGAAAGAGACCACCUAGAAGUCCCUCUGGGCACUUGUGGAUUCUUUGGGGUUGGGUUUCUUCUUCCCUUCAAACUUCCAAGGGGAGAGUUUGCACAGACAAAUCUGAGUGAUUACCUCACUGCCAAAAACCCAGAGGGGCAUGGCAAACUCGAAUGUGCCAGAAAACCUCUUCCUGCACCCCUUUCCUUUCUUCCCCACAUCCCUUGCCUUACAACUGAAGCCACCCGGGUACCACCCCAAUGUACACACUGCUCACCUUUCAUAUCACACUGCAUUGGGGGUGGUGGGCGCUUAUAAAUAAAUGCCUGCUGUUCUUAAGCCAUUCUAGCCUCUUCCUCAGAAUAGACCAGACUCCCUUACAUUCGGCUCAGUGCCAGAACUUCUGCAGUCAGGCCUGCUGUCCCCUUUCCUCUUGAUUAGGAGAGAUGGAGCGAGAUGAGCUCCCAUGACUGAAUCGGCCUUUGGCUCAUGCUUUCUCCCCAGAUGUAUAUAUGCCAUAUGUAAAUAUGCCAUAUAUAUGUGCCAACAAAUCUAUGUUGUUCCUUUCAAAUCAGCACGCAGAUAGGACUUUUGAGUUUCUUCUUCUUCUUUUCAGUAACUAGUAUAACUAGCACUGGUAU